AUUUUUAAACCAGUUAUGCCAUACACAGUGAUAAGUUUCAGUUUAAAUGUACCCAAUUGUUGUAUAAAAUCAAUUCAUAAUGAAUCAGUCGCAAAUUACAAAAUUCGAAAAGACGCUACAUUAACUAUAAAUAGUUAGGGCAUCAUUAAAAGCAAACUUAAAUUUGUUAUUGGACAAUUUGGAGUCAAUCGAAUUAUUUCUAAAACUUGUGAGCCUAAAUUGGAAAAAUAAUGAACAUUUUGAACAAUUCACAUUUCAAAAAUGGUUAACAGUUACGGAAAAUCGACUUUAUUAUUAAUUACACAAGUUUGUUUUAUAAUAUUUCUUUGCUUAACAACCCAUGAUCAUCGUGUGGUUUUUAAAAGGGCAAACGAGCACAUUCCAACAAAAAUAAUACAGUUUGGACUAGGCGGAACAGCAACAACACUUCAAUUUCAAAUACUAUGUGUUCUUAUGGCCUUAUUACAUCAGGACGAAAUUAAAGAUGUAGGAUGCUACUAUGCUAGACAACCUGCACACAAAUACUGCGUAAUAAAAACUCAUUCAAUAAAAGACACAUUUUUUCAAAUACUUCCAUCAGAUGUGUGGAUUUUUAUGACAUCUAGCAGUUUACUUUCGGAUGAAAAGAAAACAGAAUUGGAGACACAUAAGGUUAGAAUAAGAAAUAUGAGAAUAAGGAUACCUCUGAUCGUUGACAUAGAAACUACAUCUAAACGUGGUCAUACUGUUGUUUUUGAUUAUCAACAAUUCUUUAGACUUUCCAAUACACAAAUGCAACAUGCAGUGGAAUAUUUACGGUAUUGGGAUAUCAUAAGGUUGUGUUGUGGAAAACAAAUGUCUGCUGAUUGGAGGAGACACUUGUCACCAAAAAUAUCGUAUCAACCUCACCAUGAUCCACAUGGUUAUGCAUAUCCUGCUUGCGAAAUGUACAACAUAACCGAGGUUGAAAAUUUAUUGAUUAAAACAUUUGUCUAUCAAAAAUUUGCUAAUAUUUCUUCACUUCAUGACGUAAUUGGAAAGCCAUCGAACGUUGACGGAGAACUUGACGGUACCUACUGUGAGCGUUGUAAUAAAAAUAUUGCUGAAAAGGAUUUGAAAUUCAAUGAAAAUUGCGCUUGAAAUGCAAAUGAUUGAUCACAUAAUCAAUAUUUAAAAAUGCAAAAUCUGUACAAUUGUAGAUACUGUUGAUUAGGGACCAUUUGUAUAAUUACAUUAAAUUUAUAUGUCACUAUGUUAAUUUAUUCAAGCCACAUACGUAGUUCAUGUACUAAUUUGAUGUCUUUUGUAACAUUCAUUUAUCAAUAAACAACAGCCCACAGCAUUUCAAAGGCAAGUGCAUUGUCUGUUGAUACCAUGCUCUUCAUAAUGCUAA